AUGAAAUCGAAAUAAUAUGUGUCUUAGAUAUUGGAUAUGGAUGAAUACAAAACGCAGAUUAAGUUGUUAGAAGAGAAAAAUGUAAGCAACACUCUAAUAAGUAGGAAAGAUUGGUUUAAAAGAAUUACGAUUUGGUUCGUGAAAUAACACAUUACCAAAUACAAUUAAGAGACAAAGAUUAAUAAAUAGAGUAGUUGAAAAAAGAAAAUGGAUAAUUGAGAUUUGAGUUGCAAGUAUUUCAUGUUAAAAAUCAAAGUUAGCUUUGAAACAAGAUGAAUUCUAUAGUGCGGUCUCAUUAGAUCGAUAUAAGAAGGUGGCCUAAACAAUUUAACCAUAAAGUAGCCUGAAUGUAUAUCAAUUUUAGGGAAAAGAAUCUUUGAGACAAAGAAAACAACUUUGCAUAUGAAUAACUUGAGUCCGAAGAAAUGUAAUAACGAACAGGAUGAAGUCAUUAGUCCUGAAGUGGCAGAACUUAGAAAAUAUAGUGAAGAUGAAUUACAUUAAGUUGUGGUCUAAGAAAUUUAAGUGUAGGAAUACAAUUAUGAUAAUGCAUCUAAAGUUGACUAGAUAAUACAGAAAUAUUCUAAGAAGAAAUUGGAAUAAUGUAAAGGUGAGGAAUCAAAUUUUAGUUCAUAGCAGUUAUUUUAGGAACCUAUUGCCACAGAAUCAUAAUUAAUAUCAUAGAAAUAAUCAUUGUAAUAAGAAUAACAAUAAUAAUAUUCAUUAUUUGAAGAAUUCAUCAUUAUUAGUGUCUCUAAACAAACUUUGAAUGGACUCACUAGUAAUAUAUUAGAAAAGCGAGAAGUCAACUUAAAACCUGAGAUAUUAUUUCAACAUUCAUCUGCUACAUCGUGCUAUAAGGAACAACUAUUAUUGUUGCCUUAAUAAAUACAUCCAUACGGAUUGAAAGUCAAAUUAGAAGAGAAGACUCUAUCCAUGAGUAAUUUGAAUUCGUACAUUAUCUAACAUUUAUUUUAGAAUUCUGAUGGGUGGUUAAAGUUAUGAUAGAUUAGCAGGUGCAUAUGUAAUUACUAUGAAAUCAGAAUAAACAUUCAAUAACAAUAAAAUUAUUAAUAAUGCUACAUAAAUAAAUACAGAUAAUAUCAGCGAUCUAAUCUCAAUCACUAAUAUUCACCAUUAAUUGUAUUGUGUGUGUGUUGAUGUUCCUGACUUCUAUGAUUACAAUGUUGCCAACAAUAACUCAAAAUUACAAAAGAAAUACUUUUAUUCACUUUCCAAGACAUAUUGUUUCAUCACCAAAGCCCCAAUUAUUGAUUUCUUCAUCGAAGUCAUCAAAAUUAUUAUAAGUAUUUACAUUAUUAAUAAAUAGACACAUUAAAAUACAAAAAAGCAGAGAUCUAUUCAAUGGUUUCAGAAUUUGAGGAUACUUUAGGAAAUAUUGAUAAUUCUUUCUAUACGGUAAAAAUCAAUUCUAUAACAAUAGUCCUUCAAACCUGAACUAUUUAAUUUCUUAACAGAAUUGCAGAAUUCCAAGUUUAUAAGUGAAUGCAAUUAUUAAUUUUUACAAACUCCAAUUAAAACUUAACUCAUUCACAGUGCAAAUGUUCAAAAUUAUGAAAUCGAAUGGGCAAUCUCAUAUGCGUUAUCACAUAUCGAAUUACCGCAUUAUUUAAUUCUAUUAAUCAACAUGAUGUUGGAGUAGAAUAUCUGCAUCAUUAGUUAUAAUCGCACUUUGUUAAGCUCAUUAUUGUAAUUUUUAUAUAUAUUCAAUAGGAUGAUUUUACCACACAUGAUUCAACCAUUUUAACACAUACACCCUACUAUUCAUGCUUUGACUGCCUAAUUGAUGCCAAUACUUGAUUCUCCUGUUCCUAUUAUUUGUGGAAUUGUCAAAGAUAAUGAUAAUGGAUUACGUAAUUUGGGUAUUGAAGAUGAUGAAUCUUUUUUUGAUGAACAAUCUCAAGUACUGUUUUUUGAUGCUAACAAACUCAGAUUUUUUAAUUUAGCUAAGAAUCUAACAGAGAGUAAGAUGUACACUACUUUAUUUUAUAAUUUAUUCCAAACUUAUUAAUCAAUACGUCAAUAAAGUGUUCCAGGACAUUAUUUAGCAGAUAAUAAUGAAGCAACAUUGAAUUUGAGUUUGAAAAUCUUAGAGGAUACUAAAACCUACAUUUAGGAGAAUUUACUUUCUUUGAUUCCAGAAGUUGAUGGUGAAAUCAACCUAGAUCAAAUAUAAGAGAAGACACUAAAUUCAACUGAGGAUGAAAUUUUCAAAUAAAUAAUAAAAACCCAAUAUUUCUCUUACUACAUCUAAUAGAAAUUCCAUCCUUUAUGA